CUCCUUCCCGCGAAGCUCUGGGAGAAAGUGGUGUUUCCGCAGCUUUGGCUCGCGUGGAGCCGCGUCCCACGGCCGCGCUCUCCCAGAAGCCUCGGCUGCGGGCGCUCGCCGGGCGGACUGGGCUACCCGGGCCGCGAGAGGUUAGGUCCGGCGGCCCGGAAGGCAGCCCCCGCCCCGUCCGAGUCCCCAAACUCGCGGGCGUGCUUGCCGCUUAGACGUCUGGAGGGCAUCGCUCGCCGCCGCCGGGAGGGGCAGCUCCGCAGGGCGCGGGCGGCCGGGACCGGGACCGCGGCGAGCGCGGAGGGCGGCGGGGCGGGGUGGGGGCCAGGGCCGCUCCUCUAGCCCCUUCCGCUGCCCCUCCUUUCUGCUCUCCCGCUCCCUCUUCCCGUCCCGGCCGGGAAGGCGCCGGGCUUGGCCUCUCUCCCCUUCGUGGCCGAACCAUGAGCUAACAGCCCAUGCCGCUUCCUCCCCGCCCAACCCCGCGUCCCCUCCCCGGACCCGGAGGGAGGCCGCGGCCCGCGGGUCGGCUGCUCCGGCCCGACCCCACUCGGAGCCCCGGGGCGGCCCGCAGAGCCGGGAGACCAGCCGGGAGCGCCCCGAGGGCCGAGGCCUGCGGGCCGCACUCUCGGAGCCCCGGCCGAGCCCGCGCGCCCCCGGUCCCCGAAGCGGGCCCGGGAGGGAGGGGGGGGGAGAGGAGGCCCCGGCCUCGCCGGGGAUGGAAGGGAUGGAGGUGGCGGCCCGACCUGCCGGCGGCAGCCUUCAAGGACCCAAAAUAGGGAGCGGAACAGCCAGCUCCAUGGAGGUGACCUCAGCUGUGGAGAGAAGUGGCCCUGAGCCACAGCCGGAGAAUGGACACUUCCCAAGACACUGGCCCUGUCCUCGAGAAGACAGAACACCCAGCCUGAUGGCCCCCCAGCCUCCUGGGGCACAGGGGAUACAGGUCCAAGGCCCCUCUGUGCUGGAGUCCAAGGUGAGGGCCUUGAAGGAGAAGAUGACAGCAGGUAAACAGGGGGCAAGCCCUUGCCUCACUUCUCACGAGCGGCCAUCCCUCAAGAAACCCAAAUGCAGACGAGUCAAGGUGGGUGGAACCAGGACUCCAUCAGAGGGGUCUUCCCUACCUGAUGCCGUGGUGGUCCAUCAUGCUCAGAACCCAAACGAUGGGCUGCUGGACAGCAGCGUCACUGAGGAGGAGUCUGCCAGGAACGGGGCCCCCGGGCCUCCCAGGUCGCCUGCCUCUGGGCUCCAGAGCUGGAACAGGAGGAGCCCGUGGCCUCCAGAAGCAGUACGGACACUGCCUGACCACGACAGGGCUGUGCCGCCAGGGCCCAGCUCUUUGCAAGAGAGCUCCAUGCACAGAGUCACUCCAAGCCAGCCUGAGGGCUCUGGUCCUUGUAACAAAACCACCCACAGGCCCAGCCUGAGGAAAGGAAGGUCAUACCCCCUGCAGGAUGGUCUCAUCACACAGGAAGACCUGGACAGCUUGUCUCUGACGUCCGAGGAGGACUUCGUCCCCAGGCCAGCCCUGCUGGGGGAGCUCUGGAGAGCUGGAGACCUGGGGACCCUGGGCACCGGGGGCAGCACCUUGUCCCUGUCUGACCGCGUGGAGAGGAACCGCCUUCUGCUGCAGGAGAUGCUAAGUGUUGGGGGGCAGGGCCCCUCCAAGGUGGGAAGCCCAGCCUGGACUUCAUCCCGGGACAGAGCUGUGCCAGAGCGACUAGCAGGGGACGUGGACUGGGACUCCAGCAUCUCCCUGCAGGACGCUGACCAGAGCAGGUCCUUUAGUCCCAAGCCGGAGCCCGUGCUGAGCCCCAGGCAUGAGGAAGCCAAGCAUCUGCUUCAGCGAGCCCGCAUGAAGGCCAGGACCCGGCCCGUCCGUGCCAGCCACGAUAUUGUGCCCACCCUUGCCCAGGGCAGCCGAGAUGGGUGGAAAAGCCCAGCCUUGGACCCGAGGAUGACCCUUGCCUGCAGAGACAACCUCCAGAACGGGAACACGAGUGACUCCUCCAGCGGGGAGUCCAGCAGCGGGCAGUGGCCGAAGCGGGCCGCCUCGCCGUCCCACGUCCGCUUUGAGGAUGAAUCAGCCCGCGACGCCGAGUCCCGCUACCUCGAGCGGCUGCAGCAGCGUCAGCGCCAGGUGCUGAGCACCACGCUGCAGCCGGCGGACCAGGGCCCCCUGCGCUCCAAGCCCGACCUCGCCGACUACGUCCACGGGGGCUGCCGGCGCCAGGACGCGGGCGCAGGGUCUCUCCACCCGCUGCUGGGCGGGCUGGAGCCCCGGGGCCUUCCCGCGCCGCCGCCCGCUCAGGGCAGCGAAAGGAGGUGCCGAGCCUGCGGCCACAGCAUCGCCCCCGACCCGAGGGUCCUCCGGGAGCGCGAAGCCGCCUGCGGGGUGGAGGGAGCGUUGGUGCAGCCCCGCAGCCCUCGGGGCCUGGGCGGCCCCCUCCGGCUCUUCCCUGCCGAGCCCAGACUCCACACCGAGUGGAUCCGGGAGACGCACAUCGGGGGCCAGGCGUGCCCCGAGGAGGUAGACUCGGCCCUGGACAGCACGGACACCUCCGACAGCUGCAGGACCGACAGUGAGGAGGCCGGGACCUCCCAGCCCAGUAGGGUCCGCGGCAGCAGCCCCUGUCUGCGGGCCUCCAGGCCUCGGGGAGGCCACAGGUGGUUCCAAAAGGCUGAAAUGGGGCCGCUCCGGAGCCCCCAGGCCCCGCACUACCUGCCUGGGCUGGAGCUAGUGGAGGUGUUGGAUGAGGUGACAGAAGGCAUGGGACAGACGCCUGAGGGGACUUUGCUCCCCAGAGAAGAUGCUUUCUCUAAGCCUCUUGUCCAGGACUCUAAGAGGGUUUCCCUGGGGUCCCAGCCUGGACCAGGGCUGGAAAAUCACUGGGCUCAGCCCGUGGAUUCCCGGACAGCCUAUGCCAUCGCCUCUUCCGUGAAGGUGGGCUCCUCGGGGCCAGGCAGACAAGCCCAGGUUGUGGACAGCCAAGAGUCUCUGGGAACUGACUCCCCGAAUCAGAGCCACACAGAGCCCUCUGCCCCCCACCAGGCCCAGCAGCCAACCGCUUCCCUCUCCCCCGAAGGCUGGGUGCCGACCCCUCCCUCUUCAAAGAAAACCACCUCCCCUGUGUCUCACAGGAAGGCAGCCCUGGCUGGACUUCGCAGGCCGGGUGACCAGGGAGAGCCUAUGGACAUCUCCGUGCCUUCUUCCAGAAGCGUAGUUCCCAGGGCCUGUGAGCUCACCCGGCCGCAGCCCCAGCCCCGCAGCCCCUGUGUCACGCACCCCCUGCGGGCCCCGUCCACCGGUCACUGCAACAACAGCACGCCCCAGGGGCUGCAGGAGCCCUGGGGAGGAGCCAUCCUCGCGGGCAGUGGGGAGAAGGGCACCUACAGCCAGAAGCCUGCAGUACCGCCGGAGGACCACGGAGAUGGAGGACUCCAGGGCUGUCUCGCCUCAGCAGCUGUUGGCACCAUCAGCUCCAUGGGCAUCACCUUCUCCCUGGCCUCAGAGGAGACAGAGUCCGGCCAGGAACCAGAGGGCGGCCUGCAGAGGACAGAGCCAAGUUCUGUAGGGCAUGUGUCAUCCCGAGCAUUGCCAGGGGUCAGUGUGGGACCCAGCCUGCCCUCAGCUGCCCCUUCUGACAAGAACAAGAAAAGCAGCGGCAGCAUCUCCUCCACCCUGGGGCUGAAAAAGUUCUUCUUGGCCCUGACAAGUCAGGGCACAAGGCCCAAGCUGGGCAAGUCCCGCAGCUACAGUGUGGAGCAGCUGCAGCCCCCUGCGCCCAGCCCGGCUUCACACACCAGCGCCCCCAAAAUGAAGAGAGCCCCAUCGUUACAAUCCCUGCAUCCGGUGUCACCCUCUCGCCAACGUUGGAAAGCUGCCUCUUUUCAGAACCUCCAUUCUCUGCUGAGUGGCAAGGUGGACCGGUCCAACCUCUACCUGGUAGGGGAGCCAGGGCAUCACAAUGCAGCUGACAGGCCAGCCAAGGCACCGCCCCGGCCCUCCCUCAGCGUGGAGGACGUGAGUGCCCCGGGCCUGGCUCGCGCUGUGGGCCGCAUGGUGGAGGUGUUCCCGGACGGCACGAGCCAGCUGCAGCUACAGCGCUCCCCGGAGGGCACUUUCGGCUUCUGUGUGGCCUCUGGGAAUGGACGCCGGGACUCAGGGCUCUACGUGCAGGAGAUGGCUGAUGAGAGGACGGCCAAGCUGUACUCGGGGCUGCUGGGAGUGGGGGAUGAGAUCCUCGAGGUGAACGGGGCCAAGGUUGCAGGGCUGGGCUUGGCUCACAUUAGGGAGCUCCUGGCCCACUCGGAGAGCUUGUCGAUCCGUGUGCUGCGGCAGAGGCCUGUCCCACGGUGACCCAGAGGUGCCUUUGCCCUCACCGUCACCCCCUUGGAAACUCUGAGCUGCCCCAGGGGGUGGCUGGGAAUGCACUACAUAAAGCUGCUUUGUCUACUGAAAAUGAACAUGGUGGCUCGAAACCCCUUGGGCCUCGGCAGGGCUUCUGUGACUGACCACUUUAGCAGAGGGAAGGAGCCUGUUUGUGUAUGUUGUUUGGGGAUGUUAAUUUAUGCAGAACCGGGAAAAAGAUAUGGGUCUUCCGCCCUGACCAGGCCUGAGGUGUUGUCAACAUCUUCCUGCACCUUUGUUGGCAGGGGGAGGGGAGAGAUGCAGUGGGUCCUUCGGUUGGUCCCUGAGCAUCGCCUUACCCCCAGGUCCCAUCCCACACUGUCAAGGGCUCCCCCAGCCCCUCCCACUCCAGAGCCAAAGAAAGUACUCGGCCAUAUUGGCCUUGAGCCCGCCUUUUUCAGUCUCAUUUCUCCCAGCUCCCAUUCGACACCUUUGCUUUUUUUUCCAGAAAUGGACAAAGUGUCCUGGAGUAACAGCCUUACAGCCAUUGACCAUAUAUUCCAAACCCAAAAUUAGCACAUGUGGUCUGGUGGGAGAACAUCUGGGAGAUGUUAUCUGGUAGUCAGAAUAUUAGGAAGUUCUGGGAAAUCUUUGUGAUAUAAGGUUGAAGGAACAAAAUGAAACCGAGACCAAUUUCAGGGAAGUGCAGCUGUGGCCAGUGGGACCGGCCAGACCAGCCUUGCCCCCCACCACAGCCUGGCCAUGAGGACCUCUGUCUUCCUUCUCCUGUGACCUUGGACACGGGCUGCAGCUGGUGCCAAGCUGUCCCCAGCCACAAGCUCUCUGCCCAGACUCCCUGAGGGCAGCUGUAGGUGGGCCGCUGGCAGGGAGAUGGCAGGGCACGAGCAGCGGGAUGGGCUGUCCUGCCUGGGCGCGUCCACUGCCCAAAGGGUUGGGACUCUCUGGGAGUAGGUGGCUGUGUGUCAGUCUUAAAUUAUUAAAGAACAACGCUGAAACUUAUCCUACUCUGAAUUGCUAAAUUCUGGGCUGGAUGCUCACUUGACCUUCACUAGCCUGGCAGGGGCCUGGGGUGGAGGAGGGGGAGGGGAGGGGGAGGGAGGAAACAAGCAUAGCAGUGAGCAGUGUUGGCAUGCCAGAGGGGGAGGGUUGGGGUGACGCCAGGGUUGAGGUGGAAGCCUGCAGAGACCAUCCUUUGGCUGGUGGAGGAGCCUUGGGCAAGGUGCAUUUUGGAGCAGGAGACAGAAUGGAGCUAAGGGGCCUCGGAUAGGAGCAGUGGGGGUGGGGGGGGCUUGGACUGGGCAGCCCAGGGCUGCUUUACAACUGGCUGGGUGCAGGCUGUGCUGAAAACACAACAGAAUCAGGUUAGAGUGAGUGUUACUGCACCUCUCAGCAGGCAAGGUCGCUGAAGGAGACACCUGGCCUGAGAGAAAGAGGAUGGGGGAAGGGGUCAGGCAAUCCUGUGGAGUGUGUGUGCAGUGAGUGUUCUCCCCUCCUAGGGCCUUAUCAGCAGGAGCCAGUUAAAACCCCUCUUUACUGUCCCUGGAGGGUGGGGGGAAAGCAUGGCUCCCAGAGCCCCCCAGCACUGCAGGACGGGGAGGCUGGGCUGGCCUGGGGUGGGAUGAAGGGGGGUUGGGGAGGCUCUAGCAGGUGAGCAGGGGGACCAAUGGAACAAGUGCUUGGGCCUUCAGGAUGUGAAGAGGGUGCUGGGACACCUCAGAGAGCAGCCUGGGGCCCCCAAAGCAUAGAAAUAGUCCCACAGCAGAAACUACACGGGUGGGGAAACCCUAGUGGCUCCGUACCCCAGCUUGUGGCCUUGUGGUCAUAAAACUUUGGGGAAAUUUCAUGUUGAAAAAUGCUUCUGGGGCAAAAGUCACCUCUGUUUUCUCUGUCUGGUGAGGAUGACGAUACCGAUACCCUGCCUCAGCUGAGAAGAAAUGGAAGCGGGGGUGGGGUGCUAGGGCUGGGACUGGGCAGGGAAAGGUCUCUAGGGGGUACUGAGCAGCUGCAUCUGUUACAUCCCAGGUGGGGGGUCAGGCUCUUGACACAUCUUAUUUUGUCCUUAAAAUAGUCCAGCCUGGGAUGUCCCAUUUAUUGUCUUCAUUUACGCAGAUGGAGAACCAAGUUUAGCAGCAAUGGAGGCCAUUCAGACCCGCACUCUGACUCAGCGCCCACUCUUCCUACUGCAGCUCGCUCCCCCCAUGCCAGCAAAGGCUGGAUGCAGCUCGCUCCCCCCAUGCCAGCAAAGGCUGGAUGGGGGGGAGGGAGGGAGGCACUGUGAGCUGUGUGUGAAGUAGACCUUCCUUGCUCUAAUUCCACAGAGGCAGAAGGCCCUCCUUCCUGGGGUAAGAUGCUGGGCCCUGACUUGUGCGGGUGGGAGGGGGCUUUGGGUUCUCCAGCCUCCUGUGUGACCUUCCCCAUCUGCUCUGCCUGGGGAACUACUGACCUAGAAAGCUAUGUCCAGCCCUGCGUCAUCCGCGCCUCCCACAGGACCAUCAGAACGCUCUUACUUAGAGCCUCGUGUUAACUAGGCGCCAGGCCACAUGCCAGACAGGAGCUCAGAGAGAUGAGAAAGACGGGCUCUACCUUACCAGGCCAGAGGCUAGGGGCAGAUCAAGCAUUCCCACCUGGCCUGGUGGGGCAGUGAGAGGAAGCACCUGGUUAGCCCCGGUGGUGAGCCUAAGUGGUUAGCGGAGAGGGGCGGGGCGGGAGACGUGGGGGGGCGGGGGAAGGCAGGCUUACGCAGUGGGAGGAAGUGCGUCCACGCUGGGUUUUGUAAAACGAGGAGGAACUCACAGGAAGAGGGGUCGGGUGGAAGAGGAGAGAACAGAGGGAAGCAGGAGAGGACUUUGCAAACCUCCCUCUAGGUGUGUGGAAGAUGAACUAAGCUGGUGCCUGCCGCAGGCAAUGAAGAGCCUGCUAGAAGCAUGAAGAUUUUGCCCCUGGAGAGAAUGAAGGAAACCGGGAAGCUAGGAGCUUCCCUUUGUCUUGAAUAUAACAGGUCCUUUGCCCCCAGGGCCAUCUUCCACCUGUCUUAUCCUUUAUUUUUUUUCAAACAAACAUUUACUAUGUACUAAUACAUGAGAGACACCCUUAAACGCUUGUACACUAAUUAUUAUUUCAUUUAAUCCUCACAAUGACCUUGAAGAAUGUCUCAGUUCCUCCCUUCACCCGGAGACUCCCACAAAUAAAGGGAAAAAAAGAUACUGGAUUUUCUUUUGACUUAAAAAGGUACUAUUUCUCAUAUAAUAGGGAAGAUGGGUUGUAGUAACAAAAAGAAUAGUCACUGGAAAACAUCUUCCUACACAGUAACUAAUUUGAAAAAUGUUGCUUCUUUAUCUCCAGCCUGGUGCAAAUUUGCUGGAAUAGUUUACUACAAAUUUAAAUAAAAACAGUUUAAAUGAGA